AUGUUGUCUAGAUCUGUGAUUGGCCAGCUGGCCUCGAAGAGAUUGGUGCGCUUGUAUUCGCAGGUGCCCCUGCGCGUGCCCGUGACGCUGCCCAACGGUACCACUUACGAACAGCCCACCGGGCUGUUUAUCGACGGCGAGUUCGUUGCUUCGAAGCAGCGCAAGACGUUUGAAGUGAUCAACCCAUCCACCGAGCAGGAGAUCUGUCACGUGUACGAAGGUCGCGAGGACGACGUGGACCACGCAGUGUCGGCGGCUAAGAGGGCGUUUGAGAACGGAUGGUCGACCGCAGAGCCGGAGUUCCGUGCCAGGGCGCUGUUCAAGCUGGCAGAUCUUGUGGAGGAGCACUUGGAGACGCUGGCGGCGAUCGAGUCUCUGGACAACGGGAAGUCGCUGCUGUGUUCGCGCGGCGACGUGGCGCUGGUGGCGAGAUACCUGCGUUCGUGCGGUGGGUGGACCGAUAAGAUCUACGGGAACGUGAUUGACACCGGCAAGGACCAUUUUGCCUACUCUUUGAGGGAGCCGAUCGGGGUGUGUGGCCAGAUCAUUCCGUGGAACUUCCCUUUGCUGAUGUGGUCUUGGAAGAUAGGACCCGCUUUGGCGACUGGUAACACGGUGGUGUUGAAACCGGCGGAGGCUACUCCGUUGUCUGCGCUUUAUGCGUCUCGCCUCUGUCAGGAGGCUGGUAUUCCGGCCGGUGUCGUUAACAUUGUGCCUGGUUUCGGUAAGAUCGUCGGAGAGAGGUUGUGCAACCAUCCGGACGUGAAGAAGAUUGCGUUCACUGGUUCCACGAACACCGGACGCCACAUCAUGAAGACCGCCGCAGACAGCAUCAAGAAGAUUACUCUGGAGUUGGGCGGCAAAUCGCCCAACAUCGUCUUUGCAGACGCAGACCUGGACAAGGCCGUCAAGAACAUUGCGUAUGGUAUCUUCUUCAACUCUGGUGAGGUGUGUUGUGCCGGUUCCAGAGUGUACGUUCAGGAUUCCGUCUACGACGAGGUGUUGGAGAAGUUCAAGGAAUACACAGAGUCGUUGGUGGUCGGAGACCCAUUCGCGGAGGGCACUUUCCAGGGUGCGCAGACUUCGCAAAUGCAGAUGGAGAAGAUCUUGAAGUACGUUCAAAUUGGUACUGAAGAAGGUGCUCGUGUGGUUGCCGGUGGUGAGAGAAUGGGCGAAAAGGGUUUCUUCGUCAAGCCAACCAUCUUCGCUGACGUUAAAGAGGACAUGCAGAUUGUUAAGGAUGAGAUUUUCGGACCUAUCGUCACUGUCUCCAAGUUCUCUACCGUCGACGAAGUCGUGUCUCUAGCCAAUGACUCCGUUUACGGUCUAGCGGCAGGCAUUCACACUAAGGACGUUAACAAGGCCAUCAAUGUGUCGAACAGAAUCAAAGCAGGUACCAUCUGGAUUAACACCUACAACGCUUUCCAUCAAAACGUGCCAUUCGGUGGCUUCGGACAAUCUGGUAUCGGUAGCGAAAUGGGUGCCGCUGCUUUGGACAACUACACUCAAGUUAAAUCUGUGAGAAUGUCCAUCGACAGGCCUCAAUACUAG